GUCGCCUUUACGGCAUCGCCAACCCAAUUAAGAAACCCUAACUCUGUAUUCCAAUAACGAUCGUCGGAAGGAGAAGCGAAGAGGGUGGUGAUCGCGGUGGGUUAUUUCUUCCAAGGCAUUUCAUCUCUGUCGAUUACUUUCGUCUCUUGUGGAAUCUCCUCAGGCUCCGCUCCAGCAGUGAUCUUGUUUGCCGAACCGUGAUACGUAAGCUUCCAUUAGACCUCUUGUCGUCGCAGCACAAUGUCAUCUAUCUCUGGUCAACCGCAGUUCCGAUACACCCAGCCACCAUCGAAAGUAAUUCAUCUAAGAAAUCUGCCAUGGGAGUGCACGGACGAGGAACUUAUUGAAUUAGGAAAGCCGUUUGGUACGAUUGUCAAAACAAAGUGCAAUGUUGGAGCAAAUCGGAAUCAGGCAUUCAUCGAGUUUGCAGAUCUAAAUCAAGCCAUAGCGAUGAUCUCAUACUAUGCCUCGUCAGCAGAGCCUGCACAAAUACGAGGAAAGACUGUAUAUCUUCAGUACUCCAACAGGCAGGAAAUAGUUAAUAAUAAGGUGACCGCAGAUGCUGCAAGCAAUGUUUUGUUAGUAACUGUUGAGGGUGUUGAAGCUGGUGAUGUCAGCAUAGAUGUUUUACACCUGGUAUUCUCUGCUUUUGGAUUUGUUCAUAAGAUUGCUACCUUUGAGAAAACAGCCGGUUUCCAGGCACUGGUUCAAUUUUCUGAUUCUGAAAUUGCAUCUUCUGCAAAAAAUGCUCUUGAUGGAAGAAGUAUUCCAAGAUACUUGCUUCAAGAACAUGUUGGUCCUUGUACGCUCAAGAUAAAUUUUUCUGCACAUACAGAUCUAAAUGUGAAGUUCCAAAGCCACAGAAGCAGGGACUACACUAAUCCUUACCUUCCAGUUGCCCCAUCAGCUAUAGACAUUGCUGGGCAGGAUGGCAUGAAGCAAGAACCAGAGAGUAACGUUCUUCUGGCAUCAAUUGAAAAUAUGCAAUAUACUGUUACCAUUGAUGUUCUUCAUGAGGUAUUUUCUGCUUUUGGUUUUGUUCAGAAGAUUGCUCUUUUUGAGAAGAAUGCUGGAUUCCAGGCUUUAAUUCAAUAUCCUGAUAUUCAGACUGCAAAUAUCGCCAAACAGGCCCUUGAAGGACACUGUAUUUAUGAAGGAGGAUUUUGCAAGCUUCAUCUGACUUAUUCACGCCACACUGAUCUUAAUGUGAAGAUCAACAAUGACCGAGGCAGAGACUACACUGGAGGAAACAUUGCUACCGUGAGCAAUCAACCAUCACUUCUUGGUCCUCAGCCAGUCCCCAUGGCUGGUGCCACAGUUCAUUCAUAUAACAGCAUUCCAUAUCCGGCAAUCUCCAAUGGAGUCUCACUUCCUCAGGUACCUCAAGCUGCUGCUAGUUGGGACAUACGAUCUGGUGCAAUGGCACCAUUACCUGUACAGCUGCACAACCAAUCAUUGCCUCCACAGCUGCACAAUCAACCUUUACCUCCACAUCUGCACAAUCAGCCUUUACCUCCACAUCUGCACAAUCAGAUUCAUAUUCAACAUGUAGCUCCUCCAGGUGUAGCUCCACACAUGAUGCCGUUGCCUGGUCAGCGGAGACAGCAACUUCUGUUUCGGCCUCCGCAACCAUAUGGUCAUUGAGUGACCUUCGCAAGGUUACCGUUUGGUUUGGAUUCAGUUGCACCGGACGCAUUGUACAUGUAAUGAGCGAAAACAUGAGACUUAUUAUGCUUGAAUGAUAUCCGUCAUCAACCGAUUACUUGUCCUUAUUUUUCUUGUAUGUCAGCUAGUUUUGUAUUAUGGAUACUUAAAAGUGGAUUCAAGGUAUCAUGGAAACAUAACUUGUAAGUCUGUUGUUGCAGUAGCAGCUUUGAUACUUGCCCAUGUCUAGCCUCUAUUCUACCUUUAUGUGUUGGGGCUUUUCAUGUACUGAUUAUCUUGAGGAAUGUUAAAGCCUUGGCGCUUGUUUUUGCAUGC